UGUUACAUCAACAGCUACACUCAUUCUUGAGCAGGUGCUCGGAGAGUAUCACGCCAGUGUCACCUGGGUUUUCAUUGCCACAUGGUCGAACACACCACUUGAACUUGAGGCAGCAUCUGUGUCAUUCCAAGUAGCCCUGAUCACUGAUGAUGAAGGAAACUCUUACGUCCUGAUAUUCUAUGAAAACAUUCCUUCCCUUGAAGAAUUUUGGCUGGCUGGCUUUGCUGAAAAUGGCAACACCAAUUUCAUAAAACUCCCAAUAUCCGAUUCCAGUGCCCUGUCAACAACAAGUAAUAUUGGCUUCCCUGGUCUCUGGGUUUUCAGCGUACAGAAUGGACCUAAUGUGAUUUUUUUCCCUAUUGGACCCGAAGCUCAUGUAAAUCCUUUCCUUUAUGAUGGAUCGUUUGUACCAGUUGAUCUUGAAUUUCCAUUUUUGUACAAUGGAACAUAUUACACAACACUGUAUCUGGACAUGAAUGGCUUUGUGUCAUUCUUCGAACCUCCUUGGGAAUUCUACCCUAUUUCAAACAUAAACCAGGACAUGAUUGCUCCAUUCUGGUCUGACAUUGAAAAUGAUGAGGGGGGACGUAUUUUCUAUGAGCAAGCAAAAGAGGGUCCUCUACUAGCAGUAGCUACAGAUGCUGUUAAGCAGGCAUUCCCAGAUACUGACUUUGAAGAAGCUGUCUGGGUGUUUGUUGCCACAUGGCUACAGACGCCACUUGAGCUUGCACCAGUGGAUGCAUCAUUCCAAGUGGUCUUGACUGCUGAUGACGAUGGACGCGCGUAUGUCCUGAUGAACUAUGGAGACAUUCCAUCUGUUCAAAAUAUCUGGGUGGCUGGCCUUGCAUUCAACAACUUCAACUUUAGCAGCCUUCCAGUACAAAACUCCAGUGACCUGCCUUUAAUAAGUAAUGUUGGAUUUCCUGGCCGCUGGGCUUUUGAAGUUGGAUUUUAUGACAGCUGUGCCGCUGUGCAGUGUACUGAGGAUGAGGUUUGUGUGGAGAAAACUGGAAUUUAUGGCUGUAACUGUGCAGAAGACAAUGCAUGGCCCAACCCUGAUACUUUUGAUGCCAUUAAGACAUGUUCAGGCAGUUCUGGGACAGCAUCUUUCUCCCGAUGUCAGCUGUUUGAAGCUGGAUAUCCUGCACAGUUCCUCCACCUCAAUGAUUACAGCUGCAAAGGAGUGGUGGAUGGAGAUAGGUUGGUGUUCCACUUUGACAACGAUGGACACAAUUGUGGCACAUAUCUUUGGAAUAAUGAGACACACUUCAUUUAUGAGAACAUGGUUCAAUCGCUCAUGGGAGAGGGGGACCAGUCUGUAAUCAGUCAUGAUGGGUGGCUUGGCAUUGACAUUUCCUGCGUGUACCCGCUCAUCCAGAGCAUCUCAAUGCCCAUGAUGAUCCAAGCCGAUCCAAGUGUGGUAUAUCGGUACUUGCCUACUGAUGGCACAUACCAGAUCCACAUGGUCCCCUAUCCUGAUGCUUCAUUCAGCACCCCGUACUCUGGUGAAGUUGUUAUUGAGGUGAAUCAGCAGAUCUUUGUGGGUGUGGAGGUGGUUGGAGUUGACAACAGACAGAUCUCCAUUGUGCUGGACAGAUGCUGGGCCACUCCUGUAGCUGACAUGAACUACAACAUCUACUGGAAUCUGAUCAUUAAUGAGUGUCCCAACCCAGAGGACGGCACUGUGCAGGUCCUGCAGAAUGGUGUCGCCACAUCUAGCUACUUCUCCUUCAGGAUGUUCACUUUCACCUCAAGGUCUCCUAACAUCUUCUUGCACUGCCAGGUUCAUUUGUGCCUUCUGGAAAAUGGGAACUGUCUCCUGCCAUGCGAUGAAGACUCUGAAGAAGAAGGCAGCGACAACAGAAGAAGGCGACGAUCUCUGGACUUCCAUGACACAGCUUCCAUUAGCAUGCGUUUCUGAUUUAAUCAUUUGAAACACUUGGUUUUGUGAUAAUGGGAAUUUUCUGUUAAUUUGGUGUUUAAUCAAAGUGUUGUAGUUAAUUUGAAUAUUACAUUUUUCAGAAAUUUAAAUUACAGCUAUAGUUUUUGAAACAAGCCAGAUCACAUUGGCAAAAAUGUAUUCUUAUCAGUGGAAAUUUGAAUGGAAUCAUACUGAUCUGUACUGACUCUUUUAAAUUAUGAAAAUAAAUCAGUCUUAAGCAUUUUUAUUGUAUCCAUUUUAAGCAUCUAUACAAAUAUGUAAUUAGUUCACUUUACCUCUUAUUGCUUUGACUUUGAUGAUAUCUGUUGUAGUUAAUACUUAAUUAUAUUUUAACAGUGUACCUUAUUUAGAACCAAUUUAGGCUUAUAUCUGCACACACAUCUAAGGUGGUCUAGUUCUUCAUCAGCUUUGAAGUUAUUAAUCAUAAGUAUAUGUUUUCCUGCAGUGCAAGAUGCGCUUUUGAAUUAUACGACUGUUUUUAACAAAUUCCCAACUUUGUAAAGUUGCCACUGAUUUUAAAAUAAAUAAAUAUCAAGCAGCAGCAUAUAUGCAAUAUUUAAAUCAAGCUG